AUGGACCAGCCCGCCGCCGCCAGGCCUUUCGAUCCUUUCUUCGACAUGCCGCUCCCCAACCCGAGCCGCAGCAUCCACGCCUCCAUCUGGGCGCCCCAGCCGCAGCCCUCGGAGACCGCCUGGACGAAGGCCAUCGACUCGUUCACCCGUGUCGACAGCAACGGCCACCCGAUUCGUCCGGAUCCCCGUCGCACGAGCUCAUUCCCUAGCACCUGCGAGGACCUGUUCGGGCCUCCUGGUGCGGAUAGUCGUAUGCGCAGACACGUCGGGGCCAUCGGCGACGGCCGCAAGAAAGGGUCUCCGACCUUGGAACAAGUCGUAGGUGUCCAAAUCAACGCAUAUAUGCGCGCAUGUACUGUUCCGCACUCUGAACCUCAACUCUCCCGCUCCGGCCCUCAGCUGGUCACUACCUUCGGGCAGCCGCAGCAAUCGUCGCAGGCGUCCCCUGAUCUAUCUCCCAUUUCGAACACUGCUCUUCUUACUCCUUCCGAUUCUCCUUCCACGAAAACGUUCGACGUCAAGCCGGACGGCAGCCACUACGGCCUUGGUGUCUUCAAUGGCUAUCAGGGCGAUCGUCUCUUCGAGACUGGGCCGCCGCCGAGGCACAGCGACCCUUAUAGGGAUCCUCACGUCGUCUCGAGGAGUGGCUUUCCGUCCGCGCAUCAGCGGGACGCGAGCACUUUUCCUUUCCUUGAGCCUCUGUCUGAAGUCUCCUCGCCGAUUCAGAGUUCCCAGCCCUUCCUACAGGCCGCCUAUCCCCAGCCCACGCAUCGUCGCCUCGAGUCCGCUCACGGUCAACAGCAGUCGUGGACCCAGCAGCCUCGCAUGCGGGCCCCCUCCGGGUGGGUCCAAGCAGACGAGAGGUCGAUGGCCGACUUCGUGGCAGGUAGUUUUGCACCUGAAUCGACUCUUCGAUCGUCCCAGUCGAGCCACAGCAGUGGCAAGUCGCAUGCUCACGAGCCGAUCAACUUCUUGUCCUUGCUUCAUCCGUCCUCUUCGCCGCCGUACACUCUCUUCGUCGACCGCAUUAUCAGGUCGUCGGACCAGCAGGCGUCCAUCUUCCUUCAGCAGAAGCUGAAGGUUGCUGACGGUGCCGAGCGGGCAAAGAUCGUGGACGCCAUAUGCUCCAAGGGCUUUGAGAUGAUGGCUCAUCGGUUCGGAAACUGGGCUGUCCAGCGGUGCCUCGAGGCGACUGCUUCGCCUGAGGAGCGUCGGAAGAUUGUCGCUUGCAUGAGGGGUCGCGUUGUCGACCUAGCGACCAAUUGCUACGGGUGUCAUGUCCUGCAAAAAGCUCUGGACUGUGAAGAGGACGUCAGGCUGUUGAUCGUUUCCGAGCUUCUCCUCGGCGAUCCUGCUCAGACCCUCGUGAACAAGCAUGCGUCUCACGUCUGGAGCAAGGUCAUGGAGCUGACCUGGACGUCCCCGCACCUCCUAUUUCGCAUAUGUCAACAGAUCUCUCAAGGGCAAGUGGGCCGCCUAGCUUGUCACGAGACUGGUUCCCUCGUUGUCAGCAUGCCUUUGAAACCUCGAAGAGUCGGCGAAGGAUGGCAUCAUCGACGAGUUGCUGAACCAGGGUCAGCAGUCUUGCCGAGUCGCAAAAGUCAGUGGGGAUCGUACUGCGUCCAACACAUUCUCGAGCACGGAUCUAAAAAGCACCGGGACAUGGCCCUAGACCAUCUCUUGGCUGGCCUUCUUGAAUACGCAACGAACGAACAAGGUGUGAAGUCUGUUACGAAGGCCCUGAAAGAGGGUGGCAAGGAGACGUUGGACAAGAUCAUCAAGCGCAUGUGCGAGCCUGCCAAGGGGGGGCGCAGAGUCACGAUUGUUGACUGGCGCUCUGACGAAGACGGCACAGGCGGACAAAGAUCAGCGUGCCUCCUGUAUGACUCUAUCCGCGGGCACAUCGUCACGCUCCGUGGCUGCAAGACUGGCUCCAAGGUCAUCUGGCUCUUCGAUCGCAUGGCGAGUCCGGCUCAUGAAUAUCGCGCAUACUACGGCUACUGA